AUGCUGCGGCGCGAUGAAGUAUCUGACUCCGACAAGGUCGUUGACCUUGCAGAAGCCGUCGAGCGAUUUGGCCGAAAGCGAACCUUCGCCGCAGAAAACAUGAUGGAGGGCGUGGAGGCCACGACAGAUUUUGGCGCGUAUAGUCCUCAACCGCCGCGCAAGAAAGCACGCGCCGCACAGUUACCUCCCAUAUCGACCGUGAGCGGAGCCGCACCGCCUUCCCCGCUGCCAUCACCUCGUGGAUCUCCGUCGCCCCAGAACGUGUGGCCGUCUGCGCCUCCCAGCGGAGCGUCGUCACCGCAACCGCAGGCACAACCGCAGACCCAGUCGCAGCCUCCAGUCCAGCCCGAUCUAGCGCUCACGACGCUUCUCGCCCUUCCAUCCCUCGUAUCGCACUUUUCUGCACUUCCGCCCAACCUACAGUCUCACUUCCUUCUUACUCUCCUGCGACACUCACCUCUCCCCGUAUUGCGGACCCUCCACGGCGUGCUUACUCCGACGUUGGCACGGGACUUCUUGACGUUAUUACCUCCGGAACUCGUCUCACAUAUUCUUAGUUUUCUUCCAUUCUCCACUCUAGCGCGCGCCUCGCGCGUAUCGAAGACUUGGCGUGCGAUCAUCGAUUCGGAUCCUGUUCUGUGGCGCGAUCUCCUGCAGAGUACAAAGAUCUGGUUUGGAGGCGAUUCCGAGCGUGCGUUUGCGCAGGCCAUCUGGGCGCGUCGUCGUCGCCAACAGCUUCCCACGCCCAACUCUCUCCCACUCCCUCAUCCCUUCAAGAUGCUGUUCAAAUCCCGCCACUUGACGCGUACCCGCUGGAUCCAGAACCACAAUCCUAAGCACAUAACCUUCCCCGCACAUGGGGUUUCCGUGGUGACAUGCCUGAUCUUCUCGCACGGUCGAAUAAUCUCCGCGUCAGAUGAUCACUCCAUCCACGUUUACUCCCCCGUCACCGGUGAACUCAUACGGUCAUUGGACGGACAUGAAGGCGGCGUAUGGGCGUUGGCCGCAACGAAGGAUACGCUCGUCAGUGGUUCGACUGACCGCACGGUUCGCAUUUGGGAUCUAUCCACUGGUCGCUGCACGCAUGUCUUUGGCGGUCAUACAAGCACGGUUCGUUGCCUGGCCAUUGUGAAGCCCGAGAUGAUCGAUAUGGAAGGCGGAGUCCGAGAGAAAUGGCCCAAGCGUCCCCUCAUUGUCACUGGUAGUCGGGAUCAUUCUCUGAGAGUUUGGUCUUUGCCCAAGCCUGGUGAUCCUGAGUAUAGGUGCUACGGCGCAGACGAUGCAGAAGCAGAUCCUGCGGACGAUGAGGUCGACGACAACCCGUAUCACAAACUACAUCUAGAAGGACAUGAGCACGCUGUGCGAGCCCUCGCAGCUCGAGGACGGACGCUCGUGUCAGGAAGUUACGAUUGCAUGGUGCGGGUAUGGGACAUCAUAACCGGCAAAUGCACCUGGGUUCUUGCGGGUCAUAGUCAGAAGGUUUACAGCGUGGUUCUUGACCCCACCCGUGAUCAAGCGUGCUCAGGGUCCAUGGAUGGAACUGUCCGCAUCUGGAACUUGCAGAACGGAACAUGCCAACACACCUUAACGGGACAUACCUCUUUGGUCGGUCUUCUCGGACUCUCUCCCUCCUACCUCGUUUCCGCCGCCGCCGACUCAACGCUACGCAUAUGGGAUCCCGAGUCGGGCGAGCUGCGCCAUACGUUAGCGGGUCACACGGGAGCCAUCACAUGCUUCCAGCAUGACGAAUUCAAGGUCCUCAGCGGCUCGGAUGGUACCCUCAAAAUGUGGGACAUCCGGGAUGGCACCCCCAUCCGUGAUUUGCUCACAGGGAUCAUCGGAGUCUGGCAAGUCGUCUUCGAGGGACGUUGGUGCGUUGCCGCGAGCAAUCGUAACGAUCAAACUGUGCUGGACGUUUGGGACUUCGGCAACGAACACGAUGACGAUGACUGGGUGGGGGAGCCGGCCGGCGGCCUUUAUGACGAGGACACCGACGUGGAAGAAGAUGAACAUGGCGAUACCGAUGCCAUGGACCAGGACAUGGACGCCGCCGUAACCUCAGAACCGGAGGUGGACGAAGAACUGGGACGAGACGCCGGCGAAGGGGACUCAGAUGACGAAGAGGCUCGGGAGCCAAUGGACACUGAAGGGUCGACGUCAUCUCCUAGCCCGCGCGGUGGCCGCGUAAUGCGGAAGGAGCCUUCCACGGGUCCAAGAACUCGUCCGCCUUCAUCUACCAGUGCCCCACCGCUGCCUCACAACGACCAAACACCGACACGACCCAGGACGAGAGCGGCUGCCGUGCGUAGACGGUAG